AUCAGGUUAGGUUAGGUUAGGUUUGGUUAGUAUGGUUAGGUUAGGUUGGAAUCGGUCGCGCACUCCGCACUCCGCCAAUAACACAGAACGCUUGGGUGUGGUAUCUGUGCCGUGGGAUCGUGAUUCAUGAGACUCGAAUAGUUUUCGUUGCGCGUCCAGACGAGGCCGAGCGGUUGGACGGACUAGACGGACGGGACGGACAGCAGACAGACAGACAGGUAGGUAGGUGGACAGGUUGAGAAUAUUGGUGGUCAAUUUGGUCAACUUGGAAUCCCUCGCGUGUGAAACAACGACACGCUGCUUCACGCUGCGAGCGACGACAUGAAGAAGAGGAGCCUGUCAGGCAACGUCGGCGUCGGCGUGUUCUUGGUGGCGUUUCUAUGCGUAUGCGUCGCGUUCGGCACGCCCGCAUGGCUGGUGAGCGAUCCGCGGAUCACCGGCGCGCAGCUCGACCGCCUCGGUCUCUGGAGGCAUUGCUUUAGAUCGCUGCCGAAUCCCCAGGAGUCCGACGCGCCCCGUCGCUUCUUCGUCGGCUGCAGAUGGGUCUACGACCCGUUCACCGCGGGCUACUCCGACAUCCGCGGCUUCUUAUUGCCUCCGUUCAUGGUAGCCACCCAAGUGUUCUUCACGCUGUGCUUUCUUCUGGGCCUGAUAUCGUUCUUUCUCAUACUGCUGUUUACGUUAUGCUGCGACCCUGAACGUAAGAGAUACAUCGAGCUGAUAAGUAUCAUCGGUUAUUUGACGCUCGUGAGCGGUCUCAGCGGUGGUAUCGCCGUCAUCGUGUUUGCUUGCUUUGGCAACGCGGACGGAUGGAUGCCGGGACACGCCAACAAUUACCUGGGAUGGUCGUUCGCCUUGGGCGUCAUCGGCAGCGUGUUGACGCUAAUCGCGAGCAGUCUCUUUCUGGUGGAAGCGAACGUGCAGCAAAAGAAGAGGAACUACCUGAAGGAAUCGCAGACGCGAUUUCAACUCGAGUCCCGCACCUAACGAGUCGCAGUUAACGACUCUGCUCGCCAAGUGUGAGCGAGUGAAUUAAUUGUUGUAACUGAUAGUCGGUAGUCAGUAAUCAUUCCGUCCACAAGGUGCGGCACUUUCUCAUAGAGGUAUCCGUGUAGAAAGUACAAAACUGGAUCUGCAUUAAUUUUUAAGACUUAAGGUUAAAACGCGUAAGUUUCAUAUUUUUGUAUAUUUUAUAUAUAUAUAUAUAUAUAUAUAUAUAUAUAUAUCUCUCUUCCCCCUCUCGAGGAUAUUCUCGGACGGUCCACACGUACACACGUAAGACGGUCUCAUUGAACGAUAGUAUUGUUACUGACAUACGCACAAUAUGCACCUAUACAUAAUCGUGUAUAUAUGCGAAGGAUAUGCUGUCGUCGUUACCGGACGGUCUUUCAGACAUUCAUCCUUCGACUUUCAUCCUUUCCUUUGUUGCUGCAAUUUCCAUUCGAAGACAGUGUCCAUUCGUUCUCUUGUUCUCUAACACGUUGACACAUAUUUCUGAUAAUUCUAUUCGUACACAACACACCCACGGAUAAACCAGAUUGACGUUUUAAAGGAAACAUUUUUUUGUAGAAUUAACCGAAACAAAACGAAAGACUUCGAACGUUUAUCUUUUAAAAAAUACAGACCCGACACAUUCGUGUCGCGAAUUUCUUCGUUUUAAAUUACCCGACCGAUCCAAUCGUAUCCAGUCUUCAAUUUCACUCUACACUUUCAACUUCAGUUUACUUCCUCAUACGGAAUCUUAAUUGUCCCCUGGUACGAUUACGUGAUAUUCUGUGUGUGUGUGUGUAUGUGUGUGUAUGUAUGUAUAUGUAUAUAUAUACAUAUAUAUAUAUACAUAUAUAUAUGACUUAUGAUUAAAUUUUAUGCACGAGACGAACGAUUAUCGCGCAACGUUCACAUUUUCGAAACUUAUAAUCUCUCGAGGAGAACUCGACUUUAUCUAUAAUAAAGCCGUUUAGGGCCGUUAAAGUCAACUCUGUAUUCUUCUUCUUGACGCAAAAUAAAACAUGCAACUCCGAA